UGCUUACUUUGGUCAGUUUGUAUCAAUUGCAUGUCCUCCUUCAGGAUCUUUUCAACCCUUGUGGAUUGGUGGAUGAAGAAAUCACAAUAUCCGGCAAGCGUGGUGAAAUUGAAGUUACCCAUGGUUAAUGGGACUCUUGACAUCUACCAGGUUGUUCAAAAGGAGCUUCUUCCCACUCCAGCCAAAUCUCACUACACAUUCAACCUCCGCGAUAUAGGCAAGGUGUUCUUGGGUAUGAGAUAUGCUCCUGCUGGAAUUGAAGACACAGACAAGCUUACUCGGAUAUGGGCACACGAGUGUCUGCGAGUGUUUCAUGACAGAUUGACAAACGAGGACGAUCGUGAAUGGUUUUAUAAAAUGCUUGCUGAUAUGAUUGAAAAGCAUUUCAAAGAGCGCUUUGGAAAGGUAUUCGCCCCAAUCACUAGGAGCACCAGUCGAGCGGACACCAGAGGGGAUGCACUCAGGUACAUAAUGGCAGGGGAUUUCAUGAAACUAGGCGCAGAUAACAUGCAGUACGAUGAAAUUACGGACGAGAAUGCGGUUUUCAAGGUGAUGGAAAGCUACUUGGAAGACUACAACGCGAACACCAACAAGCCAAUGAAUCUCGUUCUCUUCUUGUUUGCCAUCCACCAUGUCUGCCGGAUAUGUCGCGUUAUCAAGCAACCUGGUGGAAACGUUCUACUAGUCGGUGUUGGUGGCAGUGGAAGGCAGAGUCUUGCGAAAUUGGCGGCAUCCAUUGAAAUGUUCAGUGUGUCCCAGGUUGAGUUAACCAAGUCAUAUGGGAUGACAGAAUGGCGGGAGGAUUUGCGGCAGGUGCUGCGUAAAGCUGGCGAACUAGACAAACGCGUGAUGUUUCUUUUCUCGGACACGCAGAUCAAGAAGGAGGGGUUCAUUGAAGACAUAAACAGUCUUCUUAACACUGGAGAGGUGCCGAACCUAUUCGAGCAAGGUGAUGUCUCGAUGAUUGCAGAGAAUGUACGAGGAAGAGCGAAGCGCGAUGGUCGUGAAGGGACGCGUGCACAGCUUUUUGCGUAUUUUGUCGAUGAAUGUCAGAGGAACUUGCGCGUUGCUUUGGUAUGUGUGUAGCACUGUGUACCUACCUCUUCUGUGUUUUCUGUCACUCCUUUUUCAGGUUGAAACUUGCAAAAGAGCAUGUCCAAUUCUCUGUCAAAAAGAAACAAAAAACAAAAAAAACUCAUUGCUCAUUGGUUAAUCAUUGCCUUCAAGCGCCAACCCAAAUCACUGGAUCGAACGAAACGCUCCCCUCAAAAAAUGACCCUACGACAACCUGUUGAUCUCAAAUCAAAGCGCACACCACAAGGCGAAGUGGCUGGGAUGAAACUGAAGCCCGCAGAUGCGAAUUUCAGCAUUACCCCUGCAUGGUUAGUAAAUCACUUCCAUGAUC